AUUGUUUUGCAGACUUUUAGUGAUAAUGUCCCUAAGUGGGUGCGGGAAACCAAAAUAGUGAAGAAACUAAGCAAAUUGCUGGUGAAUCAUCUUGGACUGACAUUGACUAAAGAAGAUCUGCAGAAUGUGGUUGAUCUGAUGGAACCAUAUGGUCAGAUAACCAAUGGGAUUGAACUUCUAAACCCUCCUAUUGAUUGGACAAGGGAGACCAAGUUCCCACAUGCUGUUUGGGCUGCUGGUCGUGGUCUUAUUGCUCUUCUCUUACCAAACUUUGAUGUUGUAGAUAAUCUAUGGCUUGAGCCAUUGUCUUGGCAGGGAAUUGGAUGCACAAAAAUCACUAAGGCGAGAAAUGAAGGCUCUAUGAAUGCGAAUUCAGAAUCAAGAUCAUACCUUGAAAAGAAGCUUGUAUUUUGCUUUGGUUCAUAUAUUGCAGCCCAAAUGAUACUUCCUUUUGGGGAAGAAAAUUUUCUUUCUUCUGAAGAAUUAAAGCAGGCACAAGAGAUAGCCACACGUAUGGUGAUUCAAUAUGGAUGGGGUCCUGAUGAUAGCCCUGCAAUUUACCAUCAUAGUAAUGCGGUUACAGCUUUAAGCAUGGGGAACAACCAUGAGUAUGAGAUAGCAGCCAAAGUUGAAAAGAUGUAUGAUCUAGCAUAUUGUAAAGCAAAAGAAAUGCUUCAAAGAAAUCGUCAAGUUCUUGAAAAGAUUGUUGAGGAAUUGCUUCAGUUUGAAAUCUUGACUAGAAAGGAUUUGGAAAGAAUGGUUGAAGACUAUGGUGGGAUACGAGAGAAAGAGCCAUUUUUUCUUUCAAAAUCUUAUGAUAUUGAGCCAUUGUCUGUCAGCUUUCUUGAUGGUGGGAAUACAACCGGGACUGCUCUUUUAAGUGCACCAACAUCAGACUAAGUUCAAUAAAAUAUAUGGUUCUGAAGCUGACAUCUACUAUAGAUUCAAAUUUGAUUCCUAGUUUUUGCUUAUACAGCAUUGAUGGAUUUUUUUAAUGGUGCAGUAUAUCCCUUUUUAGCAUAGGAGAUAAUGAUGUAAACUAGUUGUACAUAAAGUAAUUUUGGGUUGAGAAGAGGUGCCAUUUUUCCUUCUUAACCAUUGUUUAUUGUUUUAAUAAUGGGUUGAAAGUCCUUCCUGCUCUCUUUUCUCAACAGUGUAAUUUAGAUUCAUAGCAUUAACCAUUUUAAAAGCA